AGCACCCAUGACGGUCAUGCCGCACCUUCUCCUUCUCCAGCCUUGCUUCACCUGCAGCUGAGUCAGAAAGCGCCAGGAUGUCGCCCAAGAUCACUGGAUACAAGACCCAUGACAUCCGCUUCCCAACAUCGCUUAGCGGCGAUGGGACAGAUGCCAUGAACACAGACUGCGACUACUCGUCAGCGUAUGUCAAGCUCUACACAGAUUCGGACCUUACCGGCUACGGGAUGACGUUCACUAUCGGCCGUGGUAAUGACAUCGUAUGCGCUGCGAUCCGAGAGCUGGCGAAACGCUUGGUUGGAAAGGAUGUUGAAGAGUUAUUUGCAAACAUGGGCAAGACCUGGGACUACCUUUCGGCAGACUCCCAGCUUCGGUGGAUCGGUCCGGAAAAGGGAGUAAUCCAUAUCGCGCUUGGCGCGGUGGACAACGCGCUGUGGGAUAUGUUCGCCCGCGCCCGUGGCAAGCCCUUGUGGAAGCUCGUUGUCGACUUCACUCCGGAGGAGAUCGUGAACGCCACCGCAUUCCGCUACAUCACAGACGCGCUCACGCGCGAGGAGGCGCUGGCGAUUCUCCAGGAGAAGGCGGCGUCCCGGGCGGAGCGCGAGGCCAAGGUGCGCGAACUCGGCUACCCGGCGUAUGUCACCUCCGCGGGUUGGCUGGGGUAUAGCGACGAGAAGGUCGCCCGUCUCACGCGCGAGGCGGUCGAGCAAGGUUUCAACCACUUCAAGAUGAAGGUCGGCGCCAACCGCGAGUCCGACCUCCGCCGGGGCAAGAUCAUCCGAUCCAUCAUCGACGACCCGCAGUACCUGCCCGCGGGAGUCAAGCCUAGGGACCCUAACGGGCCCGAUUUGGCUGGAAAGAAUGCUGGGCCGACUGGCAGCGUGCUCAUGAUUGACGCGAAUCAGGUCUGGGACGUGCCAGUGGCGAUUGACUACGUCAAGAGCCUCGCGGAGAUCAAGCCAUGGUUCAUCGAAGAGCCUACGGCUCCCGAUGACAUCCUCGGUCACGCCGCUGUACGCAAGGCAUUGAAGCCAUAUGGGAUCGGUGUCGCAACGGGCGAACACGCCCACAAUCGCAUAGUCUUCAAGCAGCUGCUUCAAGCGAACGCCAUCGACGUUGUUCAGAUCGACUCUUGCCGGCUCGCUGGUGUCAGCGAGGUUCUCAGCGUUCUUCUGUUGGCUGCCAAGUUCGGCGUCCCAGUCUGUCCGCACGCGGGGGGAGUCGGUUUGUGCGAAUACGUUAUCCACUUGAGUUUGAUCGACUACAUCGCCAUCUCUGGGACAAUGGAGCGCAACGUCCUGGAAUUCGUCGACCACCUGCACGAACACUUCUUGUACCCAUGCUCGAUCAACAAGAACGGUCGUUACAACGUCCCCGACAACACGCAGGAGGGUUACAGCAUCGAGAUGCACGAGAAGAGCAUCAACGAGUACGAGUACCCUAAUGGCACAUACUGGAGGAGUCGCGGCGUUGCGCCGAGCGCAUGAUCAGACCAGGUCGUGUGGAGCUAGUGUUGCGGUAUGAAGUCUACGAUCAAAGUCAAAAAAUGACGUGUACGUAUCACGUAGCAGUGUAUUUGAGUCGGCGAUCUGCAACCCGUCACGCCAUACCAUGGCAGGUCAGUACGCCGUGUGUGCCCCGGUGUGGCCAAUCCAUACCGCAUCCGGUCCGAGGAUAUCAGUAACUGAGGAACAAACGCCGAGUAUAUUGUGAUCCAUGCCUGCCACACGGACUGGGAUCUCCCCAACCCUGUCCAUUCGUCGCCAGCCUCACCGUGAGCAGCCCGUCUCUCAUAUAACCGAAAACGGUGAACUAUGACGAGCAGAUCGUGCACCGCGCCUCUGUAUGCUGCUACACACCACAACUAAGCACAUCAGACAACCGUUGAGCUCCCAUUCUGCGCAGCUGGCGCGUCUACGCAGCAAUGUUCACAAUCUCAGCUUUCAAGCAGCGCCUGCCUCCCCCACCCAAGGAGCACCUAAAAGGAUCGCCGCGACGUCGAGUUUGGCACACUCUCACAUCGGGUCUAAUGACCGAGAAAGGCCGCUGCCCUGAAGUCUAUUGGUAGACUGGUAACUCCAUCAAUGGAGCGAGGGAGGGAUAC